AUGAGCAACUCCACGUGCUCCGACAUGGAGUCAAUUGCCACGUAUAUUCCAUUAAGAGUACUUUUAUUCUCCUUCAUCACCAUCUCUAUUAUCUCCAUCCCAUUGAUUAUAUACGUUAUCAAACGGAUUGCCAGGAACCCGUUGUACCAUCGGAACACUCGAAUUGUGCUGGUUGCUCAUGCGAUAUCGUUGAUUGUUCAUCAUUCGGACAGACUAAUCUUCCACGGCUGGGAUCUCUACCGCUACAUAAUCAUCCUUCCCAACUCUCCAUCUGCCUGUGACAUUGUCUCCUCUUCCGAACGCUGCUUCGCUCUCCGUAUCUCCUUCAACUGCGCAAUGUGGUUCUGCGUCUGUACUACGCCCGCCUUAACCCUCGAACGAUACUUCGCCACCCGAAGAACCUACUCCUACCAAUCCGACAAACACUCCGGCUUUUUGGUGAUGAUAUUCCAGUUUCUUUUGGCUGCUAUUUUGUUGGCGUUUGUAUAUGCAAAACAGAGUUUCGGAGGCACUGCAUUGUAUUGUAUGGCAGCGAGUUCGAGUUUGCCAGUACAUGUGUUGACGGCUUUUGUUUUAACAAUUAUAGUGCAAUUGGUAUCGAUUAUUUGUUAUCGUCUGUUGAUCAAUAAAAAUGAGAAACUCCGCGAGACUCUCCAAAAAACCGGUGGCGACCUCAUCCGAAAAUACCAAGUCGAAGAAACCCUCCGCGCCUUCCGUAUCCUCUCCCAACCUGUUCAUUUGAUGUUCCUUUUCCAGUUCUUCUAUAGCUUCAACUCAUUUUUUGUCCUCUACUUCAAUCCACAUUUCUCUAGGCCCCUCUACUUUUUUCUCAUGGAGGCUAAUAUCUAUCUUCCGGAGUAUUCCCUUGCGUUUGUUUUCACUUUUAUCCGAAUGGAAAAUCAUGUGAGUGAUAGUAGCUCGAAAGGGUUGAGAAAGAGUAUUGAGAUUGAUACGGCUGUCUAUUUUGAGAAUUAUAAGAAGGAUUGGUCUUGA